AUGGAGGCACCCACCACAAUUGGGAAAUAUUUGAGAGCCACUGUUAUUACUACUACUACUACUACUACUACUACUACUACUACUACUACUACUACUACUACUACUACUACUACUACUACUACUACUACUACUACUACUACUACUACUACUACUACUACUACUACUACUACUACUACUACUACUACUACUACUACUACUACUACUAAUACUGGUUUAACUUCUACUACUUCUACUACCAAUAAAACUAUUCUUACUACUAACACUACAAAAACUAUGACAACUACCAGUACAACUACUACGACAACUAACUGGUACAAACCAUUACGAAAAGCGUGA